GGCGGGGAUAGGCGCAGCGGCGGGGUGGGGGCGUGGCUCGGGGAGUCCCCGCCCCUCGGCGGGCGGGGGGGGGCGCAGCGCCCCCGCGGGCGGCUCAUGCCGAGGGCACGGCGGGGCGCGGGGCGGCAGGAUGGAGGAGGCGGGCGGGUGCCGCGGGGCCUUCGUGGGCGCCCCCCCCCCCCCCGUGGGAGCGUCCCGGGGCCGCGGCGGAGCUGGAGUACGUGGACCUGGAUGAGUUCCUGCGGGAGCACGGGCUGCCCCCCAGCCCCGAGCCCCCCCCCGCCCACGAGAGACCAGCCGCCCCCGGCCCCCCCCCGGGGCCCCCCCACCCCCCCGGCGCCAGGGGAGCCGCUGCUGGAGGCGGAGGCGCUGGGGGGGCCCGGGGGGGGCCCCUUCGACCCGCGGCGGCUCCGCUUCUCCCAGGACGAGCUGCGGCCCCAGCCCAUCGCCAGAAAGGCCCGGAAGGUCCAUGUGCCCGAGGAGCAGAAGGAUGAGAAGUACUGGAGCCGGCGCAGCAAGAACAACGCGGCGGCCAAGCGCUCGCGGGACGCGCGGCGGCUGAAGGAGAACCAGAUCUCGGUGCGUGCCGCCUUCCUGGAGCGGGAGAACGCGGCGCUGCGGCAGGAGGUGGCGGCCGCCCGCCGGGAGCUCGCCCGCUUCCGCGCUCUGCUGGCACGCUACGAGGCCCGGCACGGCGCCCUGUAGGGUUCCCGGCACGGCACGGUGCGGCGUGGUCCGGCACGGCACCCUGAAGGACCUCGGCGUGGUCCGCCGCGGCACCCUGAAGGACCUCGGCGUGGU